CCGCUUUCGUCUCCACCACCACGACUCACGUUGAUCCGUUAAGCUUGGCACGAUCGAUUGUCCCGCCUCGUGACAUCCGCGGGUGAGAGCGCGGAGGUGUCCCUAUACAGAAGCCUUUAAACCUGAAUACACAACACUCGCUCGAGUACCUGCUUUCACGAUGUCGGCAGAGAUUGUGUCGCAAGAUCCCAGCGGCGUGCACGACGAGCAGGACGAGCUCGAGAAUGGCAACGGUGAGCCGCGCGGGAUCAAGCGUGCGCGCACCAGCGCUGCCGCCGACGACGACGACGAUGACGACGAGAAGGGUGGUCGCGAGAGGAGAAAGAUCGAGAUCAAGUUCAUCCAGGAUAAGUCGCGUCGGCAUAUCACAUUCUCGAAGCGCAAGGCGGGCAUCAUGAAGAAGGCCUAUGAGCUCUCCGUCCUCACAGGCACUCAGGUACUCCUGCUCGUCGUCUCCGAGACCGGCCUCGUCUACACAUUCACCACUCCGAAGCUGCAGCCUCUCGUCACGAAACCCGAAGGCAAGAACCUUAUUCAGGCCUGUCUUAACGCGCCAGAGCCUGCAGACGCCAAUGGUGUCGACGGCGAAUCGACGGUCGACUCACCCGAAGAGCAACACGCCGCUCCUCCGCCCAUGCCACAGGCCAUGCCACCCCAGGGCAUGCGUCCCCAAGCACCCGCUCAACCCUACAUGACCGCCGACCAGCAGCAAGCGCUACAGUAUCAGGCCUACCUGCAGCAGCAGCAGGCGGCGCAGCAAGGCGCAUAUCCAAUCCCUCCGCAACAGGGUAUGCAUCCGCAGCGCUAGGAGCCGUCUGUCGAUGACUACUCCAUGCAUGAUGUCAAACCCGAGCUUAUGGAUCAAAUGUGCUGAACGGUAAGGCGGGUUCGAGGGAUGACAGAUGGGAGAGGUGGCGUGUGGUGCACUCGCACUGUGGGUGUGCAGCAAGGCGUUUGGAGGUGCGAUACAUCCCAUGGCGAGUACAUCUUAUGAUGUUCGAAAUUGCGUAUUGUUAUUGAGUUGCCACACAAUACACUGGCUGUUGCGCGCUG